UCCCAGAGACUGAUGUGUGGGGCGUGUGCAUGACUUCAGUCUCGUCUGAUUGGUGUCUCGGGGGCUCCAUAAAAGGAGAGAGUAUUAGGAGUCAAAGAGGCUCGUAUCACCACAGCGUCACACAGAAGAGCUGGAGAUCCUUCAUGAUGACAGACACAAGAUGAAAUGAAGACGUGAGCGCUUUGGAGGCAUUGCUGUGGAUGUAGUCUGGAAAGUUACGACGUAUUGCUUGUAUUUCUCGGGCUGGAUCCGGCUGGUGAGUGAGAGACUCUGUCUGGACAAUAGUCUCUCUGUUGUGACGGUGUACAGUUACACAGCUGGUGUGAGGAGUAACUAUAUAUAGACUGAUGUAGUGACCACAGCACUGAAUGUACAAAACAAACUUUAAAACAGAUCUUUGCACUGGCUGAUACUUACUGAAACCCCAAAUGAUUCUUAAAUCAAAUCAAGUAUUGUUUUAUAUUGUGCACCUACUGUAAAUGAUUAUCUCUUGUGCUCUUGGAGUUUGUCAGUGUCUCAGAUCCAUGAGCUCAAUCUUUUCUUCUUGUCAUGGGCAACCACGCAUUUACCGCAGAUGUUGAAGAUUUCAAGUGCAUCGUGUCGACUCUGGAGAACCAGCGCGUUCUGAGCGAACACAGCAGACGGCAGAACAUACUCUCUCUGAAUCAUGCCGCUGAUGAAGAAGCAGGACAGGAAAUGAAUGAAGUGACUCAGGAACCAGAUCUGCUGGCCCUCAGGUUUCUUUACAGUAACACAGACACUCCCAGAGACACCACAGAGCCCGUCAGCAGCUCUUCUUCUGGCACAAGCACGACUCGGCUCCCGGCGUAUCUCUCGGCGUUAGCCGCUAAACCGCGAGCGGCCCCGUGGGGCCCCGGCACUAUGGAGCAGAUCAGAGCAGAGCUCCGAGAGCUACGAGAUGAACUGGACACACUGAGGACUCAGCACAAAAGAGAGAUCAAGCUGCUCAUGAACGAACUGGAUGAAGAAAAGAAGAUGCGUUUGUCACUGCAAAUUGAAGUGGAACAUCUUAAGAAGCACAUGUCCAAGUGAGGAAGCCGUCAGACGUCACAGAUACAGAUACAGACGCUCUGAGUCUCAGCCAAACUCAAGCGUGUUUACAAAGACUAAGGACGAACGUUGUAUCAGAACUCAAUGAACAUACUGCUGUAUAAACACCUUUUGGGUUUGAAACCAUUAGAAAGCGAGAGCAACAUGUAGUUUCAAUCACAUGCAUUGAUUACAUAGACUAAUUAACAUCAGACCUUACAUUUAAUUUCAUCUUUAUAUAUAUCAGCCGUUUUCAGUGUUGUGUGAAGGAGGAUUCUAAAGCUCGAAGAACACUGUUAGGGUGAGUUCUUCAUCAGAAAAAGAAUAUGUGUUAAACUGUAAUUUAUUUCAGCAUCAUUACUCCAGUCUUCAGUGUCACGUGAUCUUCAGAAAUCACUCUAAUAUGAUGUUUUGCUGUAUUUCUGAUUAUUAUCAGUAUUGAAAACAGUUAGUUUUUGUGGAAACUGUGAUACAUUUAUUCAGGAUUGUUCAGAAGAACUUGCUUUUUUAAAAAAUUUAAUUUUUUGUUACAAUGCAAAUUCACAAUCGUAAAAAAAAAAAAAAAAAAAAAAAGUUACUGGACAACCAACUUUUAAAAAGUAGCGUGUGUUGAAAUGUAUUAACAUUGCUGUCAUAUUUAUACAUGCAUGGGUAU